AACUGAGCUUCAAAUUUUGCCAGUCUCUUCUAUCUCCGGUGAAGGUCUUCAUCAUCAAUGGCGGCGAGGUUGAACACGUCGCUUCAUAACGCCCUCUCUUUGUUAAACCCUUUUAACACUCCCCUCAGUACCAAACCAUUCUAUUCUAGAAACAGCAGCUUCAGAUUUUCCAAAAAGUUUCAAUCUUCCUCCGGUAAGAGAGCUCUCUACUGCACUUCCAGCUUCGGAAGUCAGGAAAAUGGCGUCGAUGGAGCCGAGACAUUUGUCCUCACCACUCCUCUUUAUUACGUUAAUGCCCCUCCUCACAUGGGUAGUGCUUACACCACUAUAGCCGCCGAUUCAAUUGCUCGUUUCCAGAGGCUGCUGGGCAAGAAGGUUAUCUUUAUCACAGGAACAGAUGAACAUGGUGAGAAGAUAGCUACCUCAGCAGCUGCAAAUGGGCGCAAUCCUGCUGAGCAUUGUGAUCUCAUUUCUCAAUCUUAUAGAAGUCUUUGGAAAGAUCUCGAUAUAGCUUAUGACAAGUUCAUCAGAACCACUGAUCCUAAGCAUGAAGCAAUCGUUAAAGAGUUCUACACUCGAGUUUUUGCAAACGGCGAUAUAUACAGAGCUGAUUAUGAAGGACUUUACUGUGUGAACUGCGAGGAAUAUAAGGAUGAGAAAGAGCUGCUUGAAAACAAUUGUUGCCCUAUUCACCAAGCGCCAUGUGUUGCAAGGAAAGAAGAUAACUACUUCUUUGCUUUAUCAAAAUAUCAGAAGCCACUUGAAGAGAUUUUGUCCCAGAAUCCUCGUUUUGUGCAGCCUUCGUAUCGUCUAAAUGAGGUUCAAAGUUGGAUAAAUAGUGGCUUAAGAGAUUUUUCCAUUUCUCGAGCAUUAUUAGACUGGGGAAUUCCUGUUCCUGAUGAUGAUAAACAAACCAUAUAUGUUUGGUUUGACGCUCUACUGGGUUACAUAUCAGCUCUAACAGAGGACAAUGAGCAACAAAAUCUAGAAACUGCUCUUUCAUUAGGCUGGCCUGCCUCAUUGCAUUUGAUCGGAAAGGAUAUUCUUCGAUUUCAUGCCGUCUACUGGCCCGCCAUGCUAAUGUCUGCUGGUCUGAACCUUCCCAAGAUGGUGUUUGGCCAUGGGUUUCUGACAAAGGAUGGAAUGAAAAUGGGAAAAUCGUUGGGAAAUACUCUAGAACCUUUCGAGUUGGUUCAGAAAUUUGGGCCAGAUGCCGUCAGGUACUUCUUCCUUCGAGAGGUGGAAUUCGGAAAUGAUGGGGACUAUUCAGAAGACCGCUUUAUAAAAAUUGUCAAUGCACAUCUCGCCAACACAAUAGGAAAUCUCCUUAACCGUACUCUUGGACUUCUUAAGAAGAACUGUGAGUCCACUUUAGUGGUAGACUCGACAAUUGCAGCUGAAGGGGUUCCGUUGAAAGACACAGUGGAGAAGCUGGUUGAAAAGGCUCGGACAAACUAUGAAACUCUGUCACUAUCAUCGGCGUGUGAAGCUAUUUUAGAGAUUGGAAAUGCGGGAAAUACCUACAUGGAUCAACGAGCACCUUGGUUCCUGUUCAAACAAGGUGGUGACUCAGCUGAAGCUGCAGCCAAGGAUUUGGUGAUUAUACUUGAAGUAAUGAGAAUUAUAGCGGUUGCGCUAUCCCCCGUUGCGCCUUGCUUAAGCCUGAGGAUAUAUUCACAGCUUGGCUAUUCAGUUGAUCAAUUCAAUAGCAUAAGCUGGAAUGACACCAAAUGGGGAGGGCUAAAGGGGGGACAAGUAAUGGAGCAAGCGAGUCCCGUAUUUGCAAGGAUCGAGCUGAAUCCAGAGAAAGAAGAAGAGGAGAAGAAGCCAAAGGUUGGUAAGAAAACCGGAAAAGCCAAGGUCAAGGUAGAGCAAACUCCAACUGUAGCAGAAGCUUGAGCCGACAAUAUCUACAGAAUCUUGAUAAACUGAUCACAGCAUUCCUCUGGUCUCUUUAGUUAUAAGAAAAUACUGUAAAUUUCUUUCAAUGUUUUUGUGAUGUAAACCUCCAGAAGAUCUUGAUAUAGUUUUUAGAUUCAGUAAUUUGAUCUCCUUUAUGGUAAAAGUU